AUGGAUUUCAAACUUUUGUGCCUUAUAUUUGGUAUUACCGCAAUCAAAUCAGUUAGUUCUAUAAACUGUUACCAAUGUUCCGGAACUGAUUCAAACGAUCCGUUUGAAUGCAAUGAAUAUUUAGACACAGAAUCGUCUUUAGUGCCAACAGACUGUUCUUUAAUUCAUGACGCCAAAUAUUGUAUCAAACAUGUAGGCAGAUUUGAAGGUGGCAUAGGAACUAAAAGAUUUUGUUCCUCAUUGGACUUAGGCAACCAGUGCAAAUAUGUACAACAACCCGGGGACAAGCUUGAGUACAGAACUUGUAUUUACACUUGUACCACAGAUGGCUGUAAUAGUGCAAUCAAUUUAAAAAUAUCUUCAAUGUUUCUGUUACUCUCUUUUGUUGUAAUAUAA